AUGUCGCGACCACCACGUCGAGGGAAAGGUAUCAAAGAGGAAAAUCAGGACGAUGAAUUGGCUCAUGAGCCAUCGCGGCUGUUGACCUCCGUGUUGAAGACACUUGAUCUAACAUUUGAAAGAGAUAUAGGCAUGCUAAAUGGCAAAAAUGUUCGAUCUUUGCCUGGAUUUCAAUCCCUACAGAACUUACGAGGACAUCUUGAUAAACUAGAAACAACUUUGGAGCGUAUUUCCGUCAGUGACAAGGCGACGAUCACUACAAUACGGGAAAUCCUGGAAAAUACUAUUGCUGUAGAGCCAUCUCCGAAACCUGCAGGCGAAGAAGAAAACCACCAAAAACUGGAUAUUCUUGAUACACAAGAAGGAGAACCAGAAACACAUGCAAGCGAUGAUGACGCAGAUGCCAAACCGGUCAUCCAAGCUAGUCGAAAACGAUCACUGAAGGUCGAAGAUGAGGAAGACGAAGCAUUUGAGCAUAACAAUAAAAGGCCCGCCAACAAAGCACUUGAGCCCUCGCCAGAUGUAGAAAAGAAAAUUCAAAGCGAACUAGAUCGAAUAGAAAGUGAUCCUUCCGUGAAAAAUCCGAAAUCGGAGUUUGUUGUUUCCCAAACUCUUCCUGCAGCUGCUGUAAGCCUUGGUCUUUUCACCAAUAAAGGCUUGGAAAGCACGGGCGAGGAGUUCCUUAAGAAAAAGUACGGAGUAUCUAGCUAUCCAGCGAGCGAUUUGAAGGAUCUAUUGCCUGGCGAGAUCCCAGACAUGGAUUUUUCCAGACCCAAACCCGCCAAUCAAAUUCAAUUAACCACUUUUCUCGCCUCUGUCGAUAGUUUUUACCGUGAGUUCUCAGACGAUGAUAUCAAGCUUUUGAAGAACAAGUACCUCAUACCGCCAAACGUAAAGGUAGAAAGGUCCUAUGAUCCAGAAGUUACGCCAUAUAUCAUUCCCAAACUCGGCCCACUAUAUGCAGACGUUUGGUCCAAAGAAGACAACAGUCAAAAUAUUGCGAACCUUUCGCCACCACCAUUACACGACCCCACAAGCAUCCUACCCAAGAAAUCCAGCCGAGAAUUAAGCGAUCAAACCUUGGACACUGAAGAAAUUUCGUGUGGUCCUUUAGUUUCUAGACUGUUAUCGGCAAUUUUAAGAGACGACACCAAGGACACAAAUUCUACCGAGCCAACUACCGACGUUGACGUUAAAAUGGAUACCCCAACGGCUGGGAAUCCAACCCUCACUCCUUCGAGUGAAAUGGACGAAGAUCGAUCCACAAAACUUUCUUCUACGAGUAACAUUCCCCAGCAAGCUGGUUGGAAAGUCAACAGUGUCAAUCUUGACUACCCAACUUUUGAAGAGCGCUUGAAACGGGAGCUAAAGUACGUUGGUAUUUACAUGAAUUUGCCAAAAAGUGAAGAUAGUGGCUACAGUGAGGAUCCGGACUGGCUAUCAGGACGUGAAGAUGACGAAAUAAGCUCGGAGCUGCGAGAGCUGCAAGAUGAGCUGAGACAGGUCACGAAGGUUAAUAUAAAACGAAAAGCGACGCUGGUCCCUUUAGUAGAGCGUCGACUAGCAUGGCAAGAAUAUGCUUCCAUUCUUGACGAUCUAGAUAAACAGACCGAUCAAGCUUAUGUCAAGCGAAUUCGAGCGCCGAAGAAUAAGAAGAAGAAACAGCAGGCUGUCACAUCAGGAAUAGGUUCCACCUCUCAAGCUGCGAUUCAAGCGGCACAUCAGCAAGCGGCAAACUCAAGCUUGAAAUCCCUCCUUGACAAGAGAAGAAGGUGGGUAACAAAGAUUGGACCUUUAUUUGAUAGUCCGGAGAUCAUGAAGCGCUUUCCAAAAGAGAGCGUCUUCAGGGACAUGGAUCAGGAAGAGGAGGACGAAGAGGGUGAUGUUUUCGGGAGCAACGGCAAUAACAAAGAUGAUGAAUUGACGGAUAGUUUACAGAAUAAAGACGAAUGA